AUGGAGAAGACCAGAAAAGAAAGACUAGCCAGUGGGACACUCAAAGACGACGAGCUCGAAGACGACGAGCGUGCGAGCAACUACAUUGUUUCGCAAGACCUUGAGAGAUUACAUUACUUUUUCACCAACGGUUCCAUUCACAGCGAGGGAACUCAUGGCACCGAAAAAUGGAUCUUGGACUCAGUGAUGGCAAUUUUUGGGCUCCGUGCGGAACCAGUCGACACCGAUGGGCGGGAUUCUGCAGACGAAACAAGUAGCACGAGAUACUUCGGCGACAGAGGAAAGCCCACCGGCCAAGGCGAAGCAGACGAAGCAGUUGGUCGUGUCAUUUCAGCGCAUGGUGAACCACAAAGUCCGAUUGCAAAGGCAUCGAUCUCCUUGGCGGAUAAAUUGGUUGUCUCUCAGAUCUGUGGAGAGGCAUCGUUGGACACUGAGGGCAUUACCUACAGCCAGGCUUCGUCUAGAACACUUUCACUCAGAGACACGGUGUCAGUUGACAGCUCUGAUGAUGGCCAGCCUUGCGUUAGUACUCCUGUUUCAGGUAUCGAAUCAGAUCAGCUUGGUCCAGCUGCCGUAGCGGCUAUUGAGACUGUUGAUUGGCACGAGAAGCUUGACCAGGCUGCGGACAUUGACCAAACGACUCAUCUUGUCAAGGUUACUGAACAGUCCGUUGAAGAGCCUGGACAGUUCAAUGAGCCCAGCACCUUGAACAAAGAGUCAACUGCAGAACUUGAGAAGAUUGACAAGUCUGGAAAGUUGAGUCAAGAUUUCGAAGAAUCAUUCGAGCAGUCAGGCCCGUCUAUAACGUCGCCCGAAGAGUCAGAGAAACAAUCUGAACAUCUCGAACAGUCUGGAACACUGACUGAAGUAUCUAUCGGAGCUCCUGACAGAUCUAAAAAGCCUGCUACUGUGCAGGAAGAAGUAACUCAGUGUCAGGAGACGAUUGAAGAAUCGGGUGUGGUGGCUGAAGACUCACUUGAACAACUUGAGCAUCUUGAUGAAGCGGCUGCAGUACCUGAAGAGUUGGCUAAUCGGAUUGAGAAGCUUGACCAGACUGGCGAGAGUAUUGAAGUGUUAGUUGAAAGAUCUGAGCAGGUUGAUCAACCUGACAAAGUGGCAGAAGGGUCACCUAAAGGAUUUGGACAGCUUAAUCAGACUGACAGGGUAACAGAGUCUCGCCAACGGAUCAAAUCUACUACUUCGGAUGAGGGCCAUCAAUCUGGUGCAAAGAAUAAAGACUUCGAUAACGAUCCCGAGCAGCUCUUUGCGGUGACGGUGCCUUACCCAACUGACAAUCUCCGAUUUCCUACUUCCGACAUACACUUUCAAGCUAGCGAGGCGUGUAAAGAGCCCAGAGAAGAUCCCGAGCCGCUUUUUGCGGCAACAGUGCCUUACUCAACUGAUAAUCUGUUGUUCACGAUUCCAGAAGAAAUUGAGAACGAAUUCGGGACGUUUGAUGAGUCAAACAAAAAGACCGCAGUGAUGACUGGGUCUCGGUAA